AUCCAUCAACCAACCAUCAUCACCAUCUAAUCCAGUAUAACCCAGUGAUCUGUUUGGUGUGGUAGAAGAAGAUAAAGAAGAAGAACAGGAGGUGUUUGAGUUACAAUAUCUCUUUUUAGGACAAUUAUAUACCCUUUUUUUGACACUUUUAACAACGGUACUUUCGUUUUUACAACAACAACAACAGCAACAUCAUCAUCAUGGCAUCAGCAGCUGAAAUCAUAUAUACAGCCACGACCACUACCACUACGACUACCACCACCACCGCUGUAGUUCCUCCAACUUGGGACUUGGUAACCCAGAAAUUGGCUGAUAACUUUGUAUAUUAUUUAGAUGGUUUAGAUAAUUUACCAGGAGGUCAAAUUAUCUUAAGAUAUAUUAAAUCAUCUUACAAGAAUGAUCCUGUAAGAUCAUUAUUUGAAUUGGCCCUUUUUAUAUUUGCAUUAAAUUAUUUCCUUUCAUCCAAACGAAGAGAAAAUAAAUCUGAAUUUGUUAAAUUUAGUAAUAAAGAAAUCGAUGAAUUGGUUGAUGAAUGGGUUCCUGAACCUUUAAUUGAUGAUAUUAAUCCUUAUGAAAAAUGGCAAUUAGAUGCGGUACCAGAAGUUAAAGGUCAUAAUGGUUCUCAUAUUAAUAUUGAUGGUAGACAACAAGUUAUAAAUUUAGCUUCUAAUGAUUUUUUAAAUUUAAAUGAAAAUUCAACUGUUAAAGAAGUUGCUGCUCAAGUUAUUAAUACUGAUGGAGUUGGUGCUUGUGGUCCUCCUAAUUUUUAUGGUACUCAAGAUGUUCAUGUCAGAUUAGAAGAAGAUUUAGCUCGUUAUUUAGAUGGAGAACAAUCUAUUCUUUAUGGUCAAGAUUUCGUUACUGCUGGAUCUGUUAUUCCUGCCUUCUUAAAGAGAGGUGAUCUUUGUGUGGUUGAUAGUGGAGUUAAUUUAGCUAUUCAAAAGGGUCUUAUUCUUAGUCGUUGUGAUAUUGAAUGGUAUGAUCAUAAUGAUAUGAUUCAUUUAGAACAAAUUUUAUCCGAAAUUAAACCAGUGUUAGAUAGACAAAAACCUAUAAAGAGAAGAUUUAUUAUAACUGAAGCUUUAUUUGCUAAUUCAGGUGAUUUAGCUAAUUUAAAAACAAUUGUGGAAUUAAAAAAUCAAUAUAAAUAUCGUUUAUUUUUAGAUGAAUCAUUAUCUAUUGGUACUUUAGGUAAAACUGGUAAAGGUUUAGUUGAACAUUGUAAUAUUCCAAGAGUUGAAGUUUCUAUUAGUAUUGGUACAAUGGCUAAUUCAUUUGCUUCAUCUGGUGGAUUCUGUGUUGGUGUUACACCAAUGAUUCAUCAUCAAAGAAUUCAAUCUAUUGCUUAUGUUUUUAGUGCUUCAUUACCACCAUAUUCUGCUAAAGUUGUAUCACAAGCCAUUAAAGAAAUCAAUGAUAAUCGUAAUGCUGAAGGUGAAUCAAUUAUAAUUAAAUCUUUACAUGAUAAAACUUCAUAUGUUCACAAAGGAUUAUCCAAAAUUUUAAAGACUUCAAAUUAUUUUGAAAUUGUAUCGGAUAUUAAUUCACCUAUAGUUCAUUUAAGUUUAAAAUCAAAAUAUAGAGAACAAUUAGAAUUACCAAAGAUAUAUGGUAAUUCUGAAUUAUUAAUCAAAGGUAAACCUGCUAAAUAUUUAAAUCCAUUUAAUGAUUAUUAUAAUUUUGAAUCAUUCUUAUUACAAAAAGUGAUUGAUUUCAUCUUACAAAAUUCGAAUAUUUUAAUUACUAGAUCGAAAAAUUUAGUGGAACAUGAAAAUUUACCAGUUUUAAAUCCUCAUUUAUUAAUUCAUAUUAAUAAUGGGGUUAAUCAAUCUGACUAUCAAAAAUUAUUAGAUGUUUUUGAUUUAGCCAUUAAUAAAGUAUUAAAUCCUAUUAAUAAUGAAAAUGAUCUUUUUGAAUUAACUAAUGAAAUCUUAAAUUAUUAGGGAGGAAGUACUCCCACUAACUAUUACUAUUAUUUAAAAACCAUAGAAAAAAAAAAAAACAGAAAAUUACUCAAAUCAAUCAAAUGGCAUUUAUUCAAUUUUUUAUGAUUUAUAUUAUUUCCAUUAAAGUUACA